AUGGAUUGGUCGAAGGUCUUGCAGAGAAUAUUUUUAAAAACGGGUGCAUGGUAUUGUAGUUUAGCUGAAAAUCUCCCAAGGCAAAAACUCCUUCUUGCAAUGGAAAUCAAAAGGAAAAACACAAAUGUUCUGAUAUCUGUAGUAGUAGUAAUCCUCAGCUUUACUACUUCCAAGUUAUGUGCAGCCUGCAGUAGUAGUAGCUCAACUUUGUCCCGCGAGAUUAGCAUUGGCGUUGUCCUGGAUAUGGGAUCGGUUACCGGGAAGACUAUCCACCGAUGCAUUACAAUGGCAAGCUCCGAGUUUUAUGCUUCUCAUAUUCACUUCAAAACGCGGAUAGUUUUGCACACCAGAGACUCCAAGGGGGAUCCCACUCAUGCAAUAUCAGCGGCUCUUGAUCUUCUGGAAAACGUCAAGGUGCAAGCAAUCAUAGGACCUGAAACAUCCUUGGAAACAAAAUUCCUAGCCUUACUAUGCGGCAAAGCCAAAGUUCCAAUGCUUUCAUUUUCUUCAGUCCUCUCUGGCAUAUAUCCUUUCCUUGUCCAAAUAAAGCAGGAUGAAACUUCUCAAUUUAAGGGGAUUGCUUCCAUCCUACAGUCAUAUAAAUGGAGGAGUGUUAUCAUCAUUUAUGAGGACAAUGAUGAUGGAAGAGAAGCAUUACCAUGCUUGAUUGAGUCUCUCCAAGUGGCAGACGUUCAUAUUGCUAGUAAGAGAUCAAUUUCACCUCUCUCCUCUGACGAUCAAAUAAACAAUGAUCUUCACAAGCUGAAAACCCUGCAAGCAACCAUCUAUAUUGUCCACAUGUCACCAUCACUUUCAUCUCGCCUGUUUCUUAGUGCAAAGAGGAUAGGAUUGAUGAAAGAAGGGUAUGCUUGGAUUGUAACUGAUAAGACAGCGAACCAAUUUUCUUCCAUAGAUGAUGAAGUGAUCGAGUCAUCGCAAGGAUUGCUAGGUAUGAAGGCAUAUAUACCAUCAUCAAGCAAGUUACGUGGGUUCAAAUCACGAUGGAGGAUGGUAGUAUAUGCCGAGGAUCCUUUGAUGGAAGCCAGGGAGAUGGAUGUUUUAUGCAUUUGGGCCUAUGACACAGUUUGGGCACUUGCCAAGUCUACUGAAAGGGUGUGGACUGAGACUCUGAAUGCGGGGAACCAAGGCUCCUUGGACGUUGCACGUGUUGCAAAUUGUGAUAGUGGAACAAGGCUUUUAUAUGAGAUUUUAGGGUCAAAAUUUACAGGUUUAAGUGGUGAAUUUCAAUUUUUUGACGGGAAAUUACAUUCUGAAACCUUCCUUAUAGUGAACAUCAUCGGAAAAGGAGAGAGGAGAGUUGGAUUUUGGACUCCAAAGCAUGGCAUUAAUAAAGAACUACCGCCCUCAUUCAGGGGGAGAAGUCUAUCUUCUUCUACUACUACAAAAACAGGUCUGGAAGCCGUCUUAUGGCCGGGGGUUUCAGCGACUGCUCCAACAGGAGGUAGAAAGCUAAGGAUUGCAGUGGUCAACGCUAGUGGAUUUCCGGAAUUAACAAAAGUGCACUACGAUCCUGAAACCAAUACAAGUAGUUUCACGGGCUAUUGCGUAGAUGUCUUUAUUGCUGCAAUAAAUUCCUUGGAUUAUCAAGUACCAUAUGUGUUCGAAAACUGGGAGAAUUUGGGGACUUACAAUGAUCUCAUUGACCAGAUAUAUCAUCAGAAAUAUGAUGGCGCUGUGGGGGAUAUCACAAUAAGAACAAACAGAUCUAUGUAUGUGGACUUCACAUUGCCUUUCACAGAAUUAGGGACUGGAACCGUAGCAAGGCGUGGAAACAGUGAUAUAUGGGUUUUCUUAAAGCCCCUUCAUGCUAAUCUAUGGCUUACAAGUGCUGCCUUCUUUGUACUAAUGGGAUUGGUGGUUUGGACCAUCGAACAUCCUACCAAUGCAGAAUUCCAAGGUUCAGUUGCAUACCAAAUCGGAACAAUCUUGUGGUUUGGCUUUUCGACCCUUGUUUAUGCUCAUAGAGAAAAGUUGACAAGUAAUUUGUCAAGGUUCGUGGUGAUUAUUUGGUUGUUCGUUGUUCUUAUUCUCACUUCAAGCUACACUGCCACUCUGAGUUCUAUGUUGACAGUGCGACAGAUUCAAUUAGUAACAGCAAGGAAUUAUGUAGGAAUCCAAUAUGGUUCUUUUUUAGGGGGGCUACUUGUUGCCAGCAAUCUAAAUUUUACAGGGCUUCACCCUUACACCUCACCUGAAGACUAUGCUUCUGCUUUAUCUGGAGGAAGCAAGAACCGUGGGGUUAGUGUUGUAGUUGAUGAACUACCAUACAUCAAGAUCUUUCUUGCCAAGUAUGGUAAAGAUUAUGCCAUGGUUGCAUCUCAAUCUAACACUGCUGGUUGGGGUUUUGUGUUUCAGAAAGGUCUGCCCUUAGUGUCUGAUAUGUCACAAGCAAUUGUGAAGCUCAGGGAAGAAGGGAAACUUGAGAUGAUGGAGAAGAAAUGGUUUAAGAGCCAAUCAUCAUUCAUGCCGGAAAAUGCAAUUAGUACUCCUAACAUUUUGAACCUUGAUAGUUUUGGCGGUCUAUUUGUUGUUAGUUUUCUUUCAUGUGUUGCAGUUCUUUUUAUACGAUUCACAUUCAUGUUAUUCAAGAAGUUUGGGCUUAAGAAUUUCAUCAAACUUCUGGAUGGAGGAAAAUUAGCACUGAUGUUUAGAUUCCUAGCCUCAAAAAGAGGCAAUGCAAUUUGCUAG